GCUUGGAUAGCCAGGUGCACGGCAUGGGCAUGUUGAAUCAUCCACAUCAGCCGCCCUCGGUGCUCACUCGACGUCGGCCGGAGGAAACGCACAACGGCAGCGAGCGGCGCGCGUUAUAUCGUGCACAUCAGCCUACAAUAAUGAAGAAGAGGUCGGCGGACACGCGAAAGCUGCCCGUGUAUUCCUGGACUGAAUAUCCACGAUACACUUUGGGAUCGAGCUACCCCCGGGAGGCGCUGGAGAUGCUUGCCGAUGCCGCCGCUUCGGCUCGGGGGAUGCCGCGAUCGAGUGUCCCUGCCGAGUGGGCAGGCGGUGCCAUGCUCGACCUGCACCACUUCACCACCUCUGCCGACGGACGACUGUUGCUGCCGCCAUUGCCACCGCUGAUGCCGCCGCCGCCGCCACCGAUGAUGCCGCCGCCGCCGCCGCCGUUGGUUGCCGUCGAGAGGGGUGGACACGCACCGAUGAAGGUGGAGACAGCGGACUUGGCGCCGCCACGCCACCACUUCAGAGCCCCGCCGUGCGCAGAAUUUACAUCUGAUACACCCCCCAGCAAGACAUCACCUGCGCCCCCGUCGAUAUCUCCAGGAUGAAGAUGCAUGCACCAACAUGGCCAUUCAUCGGGAGCACUCGCAUGUUUGACUGGCUGUAGUGCCCCUGUAUAAUCAACAACAUACAUGUAUCGUGUGAAUAAUGUAACGCACACCACCUUGCAGUGAACGACCUGCAUACCUGAGCAAACGAUGGACCACCACCGCGAAGGAAAAUAUCCAUCGCUGGCCAUGACCAUGAGAGAGGGAGGAAGAAUCGCUCAAUCAGGUAUGGUAUGGUAUGGUAUGGUAUACCCGAGGGCCACGAGGGUUGCGUACCUGUACAGCCUGGCAGGCAGAGCUACACAAAGCUGGGAGCGCUAGAAAGAACGAUGCGUCUCAUGCUACCUGCAUAAAUGUACGCUCCCUAGACAAAUAGAAAAGGGCCCUUUCAGAACAACAACUUGAAAGAAAUUGGUCAGCACGAAAUGACCUCCCACUGACGAGCUGACCUCACAUCUACUACUCCCAUGCGCGAAUCGAGUCCGACACCGACCACAACCUCUCCAUGCACACGUCCAUGGGUGACAAGCAUUGUCGUGCUGUCGAGGCUCAGCUUACGGGAAGAGGUGACACAGCAAGGAUGAGAAAACGACAAAAUCAACAAUCUGGCGAGGGGAGGAAGAGAUGAGAGGUCUCCCAAUCGUUACACAUGAUAGUAUGCUGCCAGAAGCUAGCUCAGAUUGAUGAGUCGCGCAAGAGAUGCUAGAUGGUCAUGCUGAAUACGAACAAAGAUCUGCUCGAAAUAUCUCACCGUCCAAGUGAUCGCCCUCCCAGACGACGACAACACCAACAUCGCCGGUGUCUUUGAAGAAGAAGAAGAAGAAGCCACACUCAAAACCGAAGGUGUAGGAGACAACGGCCGAGCAACAGUAGUAAGUAGUAGUAUCCCCAAUCGACGAUCGAGACAAUCUCCGUCCUCACCUUCUCGC